UUGGCACAUCUGUCUGCCCUAAUCGUGCUAUGUUAUUACUCACCACGGAGGGAUAAGAACACCACUCUCUCUUCACGCCCAUAUGUCGCGCUCUCGCCCACGGCCAUGAGGAGCGACCGCAUCGCCGGCCCCGUUAAAUGUUCCCCCGCGCCCCGCCGUACCACAUCGUUGUGAGCCGUCACCAGCGCCACCUUCUCUUCCUCCUCCUCUCCCCCCGCCGCUGCCCCUUCUCGGGCGCCUCCGGCUCCGGCCCCGACCCUACCGACCUGUGGAUCGCCAAACUCGUCUCCACCGUUUUCCACCUCUCCCCUUCCCCUGCCAUUGCCGCCGACCGGAUCGCCCCCAUCCGCCACCUCCUCUCCCCUUCAGUCGCCCUUGCUGCCCUCCGCCGCCACGCUGACCCCCUGUCCGCCCUUGCAUUCUUCGAGCUUAGCUGCUCCGCUUUUGGGAUCACCCACUCUGCUGCCGCUUUUAGAUUCGUGAUCUGCUCUCUGUGCCAAUCGGGUUUCCAUGAUGACGCACUGAAGGUGUUUUAUCAAAUGGCUAACGAGGGGCAUGGUAUAGAGGAGUCUUUCCUCGAGUUCUUGGCCGUUUCUUGUAUUGAGGCCGGUAAAUUGGACCUAGCGGUGGGAUUGCUUGGUAGAGCUUCUGAAUUCGGCUGCUGGUAUCAAUCUUACACUUUAAAUAACCUACUGAGUCUUUUAGUUGGAAGAAACCUAGUGAACGAUGCUGUCCUUUUUCUAAGGCAGCAUUUACAUUCACAGUUUUUGACUCCUGAUACUUGUAGCUUCAACAUAGUCAUAAAGGGACUUUGUAGAUUGGGUGACAUAGAUGCAGCAUUCAAUUUUUCUGAUCAAAUGAGGAGCUUUGGGUGCUCGCCUGAUAUGGUGACACACAACACUCUUAUUGAUGGGCUUUGUCGAGCCAAGCAGCUUGAUAGAGCACAGGAGCUUUUGCAGAGAAUUCAGUUAGAUGGUUCAAGCUUGCCAAAUGUGGUGACAUACACAUCUGUCAUCUCUGGUUAUUGCAAAAUGGGCAAGAUGGAAGAGGCAUUGGGGGUCUUCAGUGAGAUGACUGGUGCUGGGAUAAGACCCAGCAGGGUAACAUACAAUGUUCUUAUCGAUGGAUAUGGUAAGGUAGGUGACAUGCUGUCAGCUGUUUCAGUGUAUGAGAGAAUGUUGGCUUCUGGCUGUCCUCCUGAUGUUGUUACUUUUACUUCAUUGAUUGAUGGGUAUUGCCGAAGUGGAUGGCUGGAUGAUGCAAUGAAGCUCUGGAACGAGAUGAGUCAGAGAGAAUUAAAGCCCAAUGCAUACACCUAUGCUGUUGCUAUAAAUUCAUUUUGCAGGAUGAAUAGGUUAAAUGAGGCGAGGAAACUUCUGAAGGAACUGAAAGGGAGGAGAGAUGUUAUGCCACAUGCCUUCAUUUACAAUCCUGUUAUUGAUGGGCUGUGUAAGUGUGGUCGUGUGGAUGAGGCUAAUGUGGUUGUCUUAGAAAUGGAGGAAAGGAGGUGUAAACCUGACAAGUUUACUUACACUAUACUUAUAAUUGGGCACUGCAUGAAGGGGAGGAUGGCGGAAGCCAUAGCCCUUUUCCAGAAGAUGGUCUCUUCUGGCUGUACUCCAGAUAGCAUAACAGUUAAUUCUUUAGUAUCAUUUCUUCUGAAGGCUGGGAUGCCCAAUGAGAUCAACAAGAUAAUGCUUACUGCAUCUGAAAGGUACAUAGGAUUGGACAAACCAUGUCAAGAGAUUCCUUCAUCGCUUGGAAAAAGCAUGGGUAUUUCAGUGGCUAUGUAAGCAAAGUGUGUUUCCAAGCUGAACUGCUGAAAGAUAAUAAUUACAGGAGUUUGGGAGGUUUUCGUAUCCCACAUUUAACCAAGCCAUCCAACUAGGCUGAAAAUGCAUGGUAGUCAUGGAAACAUUGCUAUCGUCACAAGACUUCAUUUUGGGCCAGUCUCUAUGCAAUAUCAAGAACUGAACAUUUUGGUAAAGGAAAAAUAAGUGGAUUGAGACAUUCUGCUUUGUUUUUAAGUGGAUUGAGGCAUUCUGCUUUGUUUUCUCUCUCUUUAAAAGCAUUCUGUCAGCACAUGGCAUCAUGUUGUCUGUCACCCGUUCACAUAAUUGAGUUUCCAUGCGAAAAAAUUGACAGUUAAUGUGGAGACAAAAGAUCUGUCUAGAGCAGAGAAAUGUGAAUCAUUGUCAACCCAGCAUGUUUAAGAUCUUAUAGAGUUAACUGCCAUUAUGUCUUGAAUAAGAUGAUAAUACAUUGGAUGAAAAAUGUUUCACUAAGGUUUUACAAAUUUUUGAAAUGCUGGAUGUUUACCUGAAGACUGCAUACAUGAAGUUGCAAUAAUUUUGGUGUUUAGCACUAAAUGAGAAAUGCAGUGUUUUGGUUGCAGUCGACAAUGAACAAUGCAUAUUAAAGAGGUUUGAGUAAAGGUAAGGAUAGUCUCGGUCUGUUUUUUUCAGUUGAAUACUGGAAUGUAGCAUGUAAUUCUCUUAAAGUUAAUUUCUGAGAAACCUCUCACUGAAGAAAUUUUUUUUGGCAAAUCUGAGAGCCUUCUUGGAAGAUAUAUUUCUUUCACUUCUCAUCCAUAAGAAAACUCAAAAGACUGGCAAUAACUACUCUCUAAUAAUUUAAGAUCAACGAAGCCAGAAGGUUCUUUGGUUUCUAAUAAUCAAAGACUGACAAUAGCUACUGCAAGAGAGAGAGAGAGAGAGAGAGAGAGAGAGAGAGAGAGAUGUUACUCAACUACAUUUGCAACAAUUCAAGCACCAUCACCUGAUGCCUCGCCCAGAUCAUGUGUUACUGUAAACGCCUUUCAAUGAACAAGUUGGAUCAGUGGUACCCUGAGGCUCCUUCCAAAUGAAACAACUCCCAAGAAAAAUGUUCCCAAUGCAGUGAAAAGAUCUUCAAAGAAGAGAAUAUUUCAUGGUGAAAUAGGAUCAUCCAUACAUAGCAUCAUUCUUUUGGACAACCUUGAAAUAAGCUUACACAGAUAGAAAGUGCAGCAAUCCACAUGGAAAGUUUGACAUUUUGAUGUUUGUUACUGACCUUCUGCUUUGGUCGAGCUUCAAAAAUUUCAAGUUCUAAGCUGACAAGUUCUAUGUGACAUCUUAAAACCGACAUAGAGCACUCGUUUGAUUGCUGCAAGCCGUGUCAUGUGCACCAGCACUUAAUACCAAAUCAAUGCCUUAUUCUAUAGGUAACAGUUACUAAAA